AUGCUUCUCGCCGCAGUGAUCCUCCUUGGAUUCGUCUCUCUAGUAUCCGCCCACAGCCGAGUGACAAAUUUCGUAAUCGACGGUGCAUCCUACCAAGGCUUCAACACACGAUCCUCAAACCCCAAUAUCCUCGCAGCAUGGAGCACCACAGUCAAGAACGACGGUUGGAUCAGCACCGAGAGCUACGGCAAACCUGACAUCGUCUGUCAUGUCAAUGCGACCAACGCUCAGGGUCAUGCACCCGUUGCUGCUGGUGACACGGUUGACUUUCAAUGGCAAGGCUGGCCUGAAUCACACCACGGCCCCGUCAUCACGUACCUCGGCUUCUGCGGCAUCGACAGAGGAUCCUGCGAAUCCAUCGACAAGACAAAGUUGACGUUCUUCGCGAUCGACAAGGUUGGACUGGUUGAUCCGAGUCUCAAUGCUACGAGUUUCGCGACGGCGUGGGGUAUUUGGGCGAGCGACAUCCUCAUCCGCAAUAAUGCGACCUGGGUGGUGCAGAUUCCACCCAAGAUCCAACCGGGUCACUACGUACUUCGACAUGAGAUUAUUGCCCUCCAUUUUGCUAGGUAUCCAGGACAAGGCGCACAGCACUACCCCCAGUGUGUCAACAUUGAGGUUACUGGCGGCGGGAGCGACGAGCCCGCUGGAACGUCGGCCGUGGACUUGUAUAAGCCGGCGGAGGAUGGGUUGAUCUAUGAUAUCUCCCAAUCGCCUAUUGGGACGUACAAGAUCCCGGGGCCGACGAUGUACACCGGCGCAGCGGCUUUCGUAUCUCAGACUGGGGUGAUGGUCCGUUCAUCGGCGACUGCGAUACCUGGUCGACCGACUGCGACUCAGACUGGAGGAGCACAGGCGCAAUCUUGGGGAUGAGUGACUGAUGGGGAAGAAGCUCGCUCUACUGCCGUUUUUGGUAGAAAUGGGUCUGAUGGAGACUUGGAGGUCGGAUGCUGUCGGUGUGUCACAAUAGGGCGGUAGCUAGCCCGUAGAGUUCGAUUGAAAUUGAUUCAGCUUAGCCAAUAUCCUCACCUCGGAUUCAGAAAACCUGUCAUG